UAACAGUUGUGAGUUUGAUGUGCAAAAUGUCGAGUGACCUAGGAAUGAAAUGAGUGUAGUGUUUCCACACAGAAGGAGAGAAUUCUUGGCUCCGUCUAAAGCCCUCCAAGAUCUGAAAGAAAAACUCGGUCCUGUAUAUUUUGAUGCGAAAUUGAUUGAAUGUCCUCAAAAUGCAGUUGAACUCGCAAAGCUGUUACAAAAGUUGGAAGAGCUUGAUAAACAGAAAUUCAAGAAGUUGUCCGAAAAGUCCAGGGAACAAAGAGUUUUACAGAAUUCCUUAUCUUCAAGGUAUGUCAACGUCAAGGACGCGUCUUCUGUCUCCUUGCUGUCUUCCUCCUCAUCGGUCAAGAGUUUCUCUGAGAUCAUCGACCAGAAGAAACUACCACCUGGCUUCCGAUUCCACGCAAAUGGUGACCCGAAGUCGGGGGUCAUGGUGCAGGACGGAGACGCUGUCGACUCCAGGACAUCCAUCACGUCACGGUUCGCGCUUUCAGAGAAGAAGGAUAACACCUGGAGAGAUGAUGACGCUGUCGACGUCGACGAUGACAAACAGGACGGUGAAGCAUCUGCAGAGAGCAAGCCACGUGACCCGGGGUAUGAAGAGAUUGAUUAUAGUCAUGAAAUUGAAGAACUGGAGAUGGUCAUCAUGCAGUUGGAAGCGCAGCUGAUCUCUCAGUCAGACAAAUCCACAGUCUCGGACGACGAAACAGUGUCAUCUAAACACAACUUCCUCCGCGCCCACUCCCACUCCGGGGAAAUCUUCGAGUCGUGCCUGAACCGGACGUCCGCCAACUAUGCCUAUGAUCCCGAACAACAGUCCCGACGGGACAAACGGAAUGUCAGUCAGCCAGCCGUCACUAGAUUCAAGCCAUCAGUAGCGAAGACGUCAGGGUGUCUUGCGUGCCAGUUUAAGCUGAAGCAUGUAGGCAACGAGUUCUUCAAACCAAAGGACAAGUGCUUCACAAAGGAGAGAUGGCAUAUCGCACCAUCAGGCUGUUUUGUCGCCAGCCCCAACAUUUCAGCCACAUCCAGUCUCAGACUCAUAGAGCAGACCCAGCAAAGUUGUGAGUCAAAUCAACUGUCGGGACCUUCCAGUAGACAGCCCAUCAAGAUACUCCCAAGACGACAUGAGAGCUCCCCCUUAUUCAGCAACGACAUCAGUUUGACGACGUCCGACAAGUCACCAAGAAAGCGCCGAGACGGAACCCGGUCUCACACAAGCAGCAUGACGUCCAACAUGUCCUCCGGAAGGCACCUGGACGGAACGGUGUCUCAUACAAGCAGCAUGACGUCCAGGGUGCUCUCGGGAAGGCGCCUGGACGACGCCCAGUCUCACACAAGCGGCGGCCAGGCGCCCCGCAGGCUGCCAGAGGGUUUUCUAGAUCGAGCCGAGUCUAACACCAGUAGACGGGUGUUGUCGAAGGACCUGAGUCGGGGCUCAUCCACCUUUGGUUCAACGUCAAGUGACCGUAGAUUCUUGUCACCACUACAGAAGGAGUCGAAGAUGCAGAUACUCCGGUCACAAGCGGUACGGGACACACACGACUGCCAGCAAAAAGUUGAUGCUUUCAUAGACAACCUGAAAAGUCACAACAAACUGACUAAAUCCAAACACCGCUGGGAAUACAGCUGACGUCCGACAUCCAACGACGCUCAACACACAACCAUUGGGUAUGCUGGUCACACACCAGUCGUAUUCAGACGGCGAUCUGAACUGGAAUAUUGGCGUUAACCAGCUGAAAUUAGGGCAUGCAGCAUUGUUUAUGUGGGUUAUCUAGCGGGAUAGACUGGCUUUGCGCCUUGUUUACACGACGCUAGGUCACGAGGUUCUGUCUCUACGACUGGAGUCAUCUGGUAGCAUGCAUGUCAAAUGAAGUCACUGGUGUCAAUAGUUACAAUAAAUUAGUUUUUAUUUGGGGGGAUUUCUGAGGGUUUUUCUGAUUGCAAUCGUCGAAAACAUAAAAUAGAGUACUGUUAGUUUCAACAUGAUGCAGAAGAUAGAAUAUAACCUGAGAAACGUUUUAUGAAGUAUUUUAGUCGAAUAAAAUGUAAUAAAUGUUUAAAUCAUUUCCUUCGAACGAUCAAACAAGGAGAAAUAAAAAGAGUCUUGUUUCUCGAGAUUAUUUGCAGUGGUAAUUCAAAAUACGCCAAUGAUUUGAAUAUAUUUUAUGAAUUCUAUUUUGGAAACAAAAAAAUGCUUCUA